AUGUAUGCAGUGAUACCUCUUCAUCUCUGUUUGAAACUAUCAAUAAUUUGCAUCCUUGCCGACAUUCUCAAUCAUCAUUCCUUCAUUUUGGCUCUUGAACCACACAUUCAUGCAUUCUUCGUAAGCUCGCAACAUGGUAUCGAUCAUGUACCAUGUGGUUACUCCUCCGAAACCUUUUCAAACGUGACCUAUCCACCUUGCCAAACCAUCUCUCUAGUGUUACAACAAAUUUCAAACAAUUCCAUUCCUGACAUUAAUCUCUCAGGUCACAUUUUCAUUGAAAGUGGAAUUUAUCAAAAUGACGAUUUUUCAUCAUUACUGUCCACUUAUUUUCAGGAAAUUGUGAUUGAAGGAAUCCCUCGUAAUAAUAAUACGAAUGAUAUUGUGCUUGAAAACUUCAUUCACAUCAAUAGCAAAUCAUUGAAAUUUUUGAAUGUCCAUUUUCAAAAUGUUAAUUUGGAUUCCAUGAUUAAUAUUGCAACUAUUUAUUUUGAAAAGUGCAAUUUUCGAAAUGUUACCAUUGAUCAAAUCAUAUCAAUCAAGGAGAGUCAAUUCAUUCAUUCUAGUAUUUUCGAUUCUUCUCUAGUUUUACCUUUUAACACAACCAUUGACAAUUGUCAUUUGAAAAACUCGAGUAUUUUAUCACUGAGUGGAAAUGAAGAUUGGAGAGAUGCAUGGACUUUUAUCACUCGUUCUACUUUUCAGCAGGUUAUCUUUCAAUCACGAUUUUUACUUCAAAAUCAUGGAGAUCAAUCAAAAUUUAGAGUCUCAUUAAGAGAAUGUGAAUUUUUAAAUUCUGAACUUUACUUGUCAGACGCUAAUGACCUUGUGUUGCUAGAUUCUUCAAUGAAUCAUACACGAUGCAGUAUUGUUUUCACAACAUUGGUUCAUGUCUCCCGUUGUACAGUCACAGGAAACUCAUUUCUCUCUUUUGCUUCCAUUAACAAGUUGGUGAUUUCUCAUUCACAAUUUAACAAAUGUCAAGGACCUGUUAUUGGAAUUUAUUCUUCGUUAUGGACUCAUUUCAAGGACUGUCAAUUUAUUGAAAAUAGAAACACUCCUAUUACUACUAAUGGAGUUGCCUCACUCUUGGUGGAUUUGUGUACAUUUUCACAUAAUAGAGGAGGAGCAUUGCAUGUGAAAAGUGGAGUUGAAUUUGUUGAAAAUACUCUCACACAACAUAUUGAUCAAUCUCUCAAUUCUGCGCUCCAUCCUACUACGAUGGUCUCAAUCUCAAAUUCUUUUGGAAUGUCGGUACCAUCCAAUUACAUUCUUCGUACCCAAGUAUCCAUUAAUUUAUGUACAUUUUUAAACAAUUCGAAUAACCAAGAAGGAGGAGCUCUCUAUUUUGAAAAUGUGAAUCCUGGAAUUUUUCAAUGUAAUUUUACAGAUAAUUACUCUGAGAGAAUGAAUGGUGGUGCCGUUGCAUCGUAUGGAAAUCAUUUGGAGGUGACUCAGUCCACGUUUGUCAAUAAUAGAGCUUACUUGCAUGGAGGAGCCAUUUAUUUAAGUGAUGCAUUAUCAAUUAUAGAUUCCAAUAUGUUUUCUAAUGGUCCUAUUGCGACUAUCAGUGAUGAAAAUGACAAGUACUUGUAUUCUAAUGAAAAUCUAUUCGAAUCGAAUAAGGCAUUUAAGGGUGGAGCUCUUUAUGUUCAACUGAAACAAGUGAAAAUUUCAAAUCAACAACAAAAACCAUCUGAAUUGACAUGUGUGAAUAAUUUAGCAACCUACUCGGGUGGAUGUCUAUUCAUUGAAACUGUCAUGAACUCGAUUCAAUUUACAAUUAUAUCGAAAGGAAAUACAGCUCUCUCUUAUGGUCCUCUCAUUGGAAGACCAUUAAAUCAUAUCAAAUAUGAAAUGAGAGUACAAUAUGAGAAGGAAACUCAUUUUGAACAUGUAUUUAACAAUGACAAUAUUCCUCAAUUGAAGUUAUAUCCAGGUCAGAAAGUAUCAAAACUUGAGAUUUCGAUUUGGAAUGAACCGUUUGAAAAGGUGAAUUUUUUAAGUAGAGGAAUUCAAAUGAAAUUGAAAAAUUCAUUGAUUUCAAACAAUAUUACAUUGUUUCAAGUAGUAAUGAAUCCUCCAAUCCUUGAUAUACCAAUGGAUCAACCUUUCCUCCUCACAUUGAAUGAAGUGAAUCAAACACUUUCCUUAUUGAAUUUGUCACUUGCUAGCAUGAAGGAUGUUUACGAACUAGUUCCCUUACAACUAUGUCUCUUCCAAGAACCAAACACUCAUUCAAUGAUCACCAUUGAUAUGAAUCUUCAAAUUCUUUCAUGUCCCUCAGACAAGAUUUUAGAUGGUUUUACCAUUUAUGGAGGUGUAUGUAUUGAUAUUCCAAAACCUAGACUUGAUAUUAUCAUUCCAUUGGUUAUUGUUGCCAUGUGUCUAUCAUCCAUGAUCAUUCCGUUAUGCUAUGCUUGUAAAGUAGUUAUUGAACGACUCUAUCGAUUGCAUGUGAAGGAAAAAUCAGAAAAGCAAUUUGAAAAGGUUUUAAAUUCUACAAAAGAUUCAUUAUUUCUCAUCGAUCAUUAUAAUAAUACUAUCAAUCAGAAGAAUUCAAAUGAUCGGGACUAUUCCAUGGAAGAAUUCACACAUUUAUCAAGUGUACCUUUAUUAUCCAUGGAAGAAAAGAAAGAACUCUAUUCGAUGAAUGAACGAAAUGAUAGUGAUGAAUGGUCUUUAAGUGCUAAAUGGAAAAGAAAAAACAAGUAUUUGAAAUCAAAUUCCUAUGUCAUUCCUAUUGAAGAAAUUCAAGUCAAUCACAAAAUUGGAGAAGGUUCAAAUGGUGCAGUAUAUCAUGCAAUUUGGAAUGGCUGUGAAGUAGCACUUAAAACUCUCAAAGAAGAUCUCUUCAUAGAUAAUGAUGAAUUUGAAAAAGAAGCAGCGUUAUUAAGCUCAUUAAGACAUCCUAAUAUAGUCAAUUUAUUGGGUGUGUGUAUUUCAUCGAAUAGUAGUAGUCAUCGACGAGUACGAACAGAGAAUAGUCACAGGAAAUGCAUGAUUCAAGAAUAUUUAUCAAAAGGAACAUUGGAAAAAUUAAUUUUGGAUUGUAAACGAGGAAUUCAAAGUAUGACCUUCACACAAAAAGUUGAAAUAUUAUUGGGAGUGGCGAAAGGAAUGGCUUAUUUGCAUGGAUUAAAACCAAAACCAGUCAUUCAUCGAGAUUUGAAACCUGCCAAUAUAUUGUUAGAUCAAUCCUGGACCAGUAAGGUGUGUGAUUUUGGUUUAUCAAAAAUUAUGGGAACCAAUACGAGUACCACUGCAAGUAUUGGAACCUUUUACUAUAUGGCCAAUGAAAUGAUUGAUGGUACCGAAAAUUACAAUGAAAAAGUCGAUGUCUAUAGCUUUGGAAUUAUCAUGUGGGAAUUAUUCUUUGAGGAAAAUCCUUACAAUUCUUGCUCAGAAAAACUUUACAAAUUUCACAAAUUACAAAUUCAGUUGGGAGGCCUAUCCAUUAUUUUUCAAGUGUCCAAAGGUCUUCGACCCUUUAUUCCGUUUUGGAAUGACGAAGAGCAAUUCAUGUGGACCAAAGAAUUCAUUCCGCAAGAGUUGAGAGGAGAAGUGAGUUUGGAACAAUUCAUUCAUGUAGAAAAUGUUUAUUUGGAUCUCAUGAAACAAUGUUGGAAUGGUCAGCCAGAGAAUAGGCCUCCCUUUUUGAAUGUCAUUGACACUCUCAAAAGGUGUCACAGUAUGAUGAAAAUUAGCAAGCAUGAGUUUUAA